CAAGCGGGACAACCUCAAAUUUGAACUCGCUCUCUCUCUCUCUCUCUCUUCUUUCUCUCUCUAGAAAAUGGAGCAGGCCUCAUCAAUGGCGGCGAUGGAUCCCGAGACAGAAUUCCUGGCCUCGAAGAAGCAGAAUGGCAACGAGUGGGAGCUGUACAAGGAGAACGUGAGGCCUCUGAAGCGAGGCCGAAACGUCGAUCUCCUCAACGAGGCGCUCAGAUCUCAGACCGACAACUCUCUCAAGAAAUCUCUCCGCGAGAAUCGAAGGAGGUUGAUUGAGGCGAUUGAGGCGUAUAAAGGGGAGGACCCGCUUCGGCCGUGGAUUGACUGUAUCAAGUGGGUGCAAGAGUCAUUUCCCACUGGAGGAGAGUGUUCAGGGCUAGUUGUCAUUUACGAGCAGUGUGUCCGAACCUUUUGGCAUGAUGAACACUACAAAGAUGAUCUGCGCUACCUGAAAGUGUGGCUGGAAUAUGCUGAGAAUUGUGAUGAUGCUGAGGUUAUAUACGAAUUUCUUGAAGCAAACCAAAUUGGGCAGACCCAUUCUGCUUACUAUUCAGCAUAUGCAUUGCUCAUGGAGUCUAAGAAUAAAUUUAGAAAAGCUGAUGAUAUUUUUAAUCUUGGUAUAGCUAGGAAGGCAAAACCACUGGAAAAGCUAGAAGCUGCAUACAAAAGAUUUCUUGUACAAUCAACCAGAAAGAAGACAGUCAAUGAAGACAAUGCAGUAGAUAAUAACAUGCCAAACCGCAGUUUUGGAACUGUUUUGCCUUCUGGAGGAGCACGAAGACAGCCUCUGGAGAAUCUGGAGAAUUCCCUCUUCAGAAAGAAUGUGAAGUUACAGAGGACUGCUAUCAAUAAGCCACUUUCUAUUUAUAAUGAUGAAAACUCUGCAUCAAGGCGUCAGCCUGAAAAUCAGAAGAGCAAUGGCAGUAGUUGGCACACACUUGGAUCCCGAGCAGAUAGAAACAAAGAAAACACCUCAGCCCCUACCGUUUGGUCGUCAUACAAGGUUCCACAUAAAACGGGCACUGGAGCGGUCCCAAUACCUUCAAGCAUGCGCAUUGAGGUGUUUGUUGAUGAGGAAUCUGCAGAAGGUGAACAAGCAGUGGCGAUUACCAAAAGCCCCAAGCCUUCUAUAUUGCAGCUCAGAAAAGCAAAUAGCAAAAACCUUAAGAAGGAAACAGAAUUGUUGAGAGAAAAUCCGUUGCGCAAUUUUCCUCGGUAAUCAUUCCUAUCGUCUUCUCUAAUGCAGUGUUCACUAAUUAUUGUUGUAUUUGCCUUGUAUUUUUAUUUGAAUGUGUUCUUGUCGUUCUUGUCUAUGAGCUUUGAUCUCUAAAGCUUGUAUGAAUAUAUGUUGCAACUUAAUAAGGUGAUUAUUGUUGUUGUUAUGCUACAUUAACAAACUCGGUUUCUUGUUUUAAUGCUUUGUUUCAAUCUUGACUAUGGCAAAUGCAACCAUAAUUUUUAAA